AUGUUUCGAUCUGUUAAUGUUAAAGGCCGUGGAAGUUAUGCGCAAACUAAAUUAAAGGAAUUUAUUCGGACAAAAGUAAUUAAACCCAGUUCUAUCUUGAAUCCUGCGGAAAAAUUAAAAUUGUAUCACAAGGAGAACAAGGGAUUAUUUGGACCAUUGUUGGAUAAGAAGAUACCAAAUAAAUCGCGUACAUCUAAAACUGUUAAAAAUAGCAAGACAUCGCAUCAAAACAACGAAACGACAGUAUCUAGUGGAAAUACGCAGAAAUUCAGUGCUUCAGGAAAUGUGCUCCAGAGGCUGUGUCAUUUAACUCCCGUAGUCAUUUUAAAAAUAAGGAUGUGGCAGAAGUCAAAGGCUUGUUUUAACUAUGCUGCAGUAUUACUAAACAAUAAUACUGUUAGGGGAAUUAAAACAAUUGCUGUGAGUAAUUCUGCAAGAAGCUCCCCUGCAGAACCAGGUUAUGCAAGUGAAGACAAGAUCCUGCAGAUCAAACCACACCAAAAUGAUUUUGCCAAACAAUAUCCAUCAGUCACAUUAAUCUUGAACAAGACCAUGACUGAUGAAUCACGAGCAGCCCUAGAAAAAUGGAAACAGGAAAGAAUUGCAGAAAUGGGUUUAGAAGAAUUUAACAGAUUUUAUGAAGCACAAAUGGCAGUGGGGACAAAGUUUCAUAGUACAUUGAAGAACUAUUUUACACAGCCCCAAACUCAGUUACGUAUCGAAAAAGAUGUGGAAGGAGUGUGGGUGUCGGUUGCCGAUGUUUUAAAAAGCAUUUCUUCGCCUAAGGCCAUAGAGUCCAAUGUUAUACAUCCUGUUUUGAAAUAUAGGGGAAUAAUUGAUGCUAUCGCAGAUUAUGAAGAUAAGCCGACAUUAAUAGAAUGGAAGAAAUCAGAUAAGCCACGGAAAUCAAUAGCGCUAACAUAUGACAAUCCUGUCCAGUUAGCGGCAUACUUUGGGGCUGCGGGAAAAGAGUAUUCGAAGAGGAAAUUGGGAAGCUCUAAUUAUGGUUACAAAAGGAAUGAAUAA